AUGCGUGAAGCACAUGCAGUGAAUGGAGAGAGCAUUUCCUACGCAAUUAUUUGUGUUAUACGCUCGGCAUUAUUGACGGAUGAGUGGGCUUCGCAUGACGGUAGCUAUUUGUCGGUGUACACCUUGACAGGGCAGUUUUAUGGAAUGCGAUAUGUCUACGUGCAGUUGGCAUUAAGCGCAGACUUUGGUGCAUCUGUACGUGGGAGCAGUUGUGUGGAGUUGCGGCGCAUGGCGACGUUGGACCACGCUUUGCGUUAA